GAGGCGAGCUCGACGCCGGGACCGUCCAGCGAGGCGCCGCGCGGCGGGAGCCCGCAGCCAGAGCAGCCCCGGAGCAGAAGCAGCCGCCGCCGUCCGCGGAGCCCGCCGAGCCGGCCAUGGCGUUGUCGACGCCGCUGAACGGGCUGAAGGAGGAGGACAAAGAGCCCAUCAUCGAGCUCUUCGUCAAGGCUGGCAGUGAUGGUGAAAGCAUAGGAAACUGCCCCUUUUCCCAGAGGCUCUUCAUGAUUCUUUGGCUCAAAGGAGUUGUCUUUAGUGUCACAACCGUUGACCUGAAAAGGAAGCCUGCAGACCUGCAGAACUUGGCUCCCGGGACUCAUCCACCAUUUAUAACCUUCAACAAUGAAGUCAAAACGGAUGUAAAUAAGAUUGAAGAAUUUCUUGAAGAAGUCUUAUGCCCUCCCAAGUACUUAAAACUUUCACCAAAACACCCAGAAUCAAAUACUGCUGGAAUGGACAUCUUUGCCAAAUUCUCUGCAUAUAUCAAGAAUUCAAGGCCAGAGGCUAAUGAAGCACUGGAGAGGGGGCUCUUGAAAACACUGCAGAAACUGGAUGAAUAUCUGAAUUCUCCCCUUCCUGAUGAAAUUGACGAGAAUAGUAUGGAGGACAUUAAGUUUUCCACACGUAAAUUUCUGGAUGGCAAUGAAAUGACAUUAGCUGAUUGCAACCUGCUGCCCAAACUGCACAUCGUCAAGGUGGUGGCCAAAAAAUAUCGCAACUUUGAUAUUCCGAAAGGAAUGACUGGCAUCUGGAGAUACUUAACUAAUGCCUAUAGCAGGGAUGAGUUCACCAAUACCUGUCCCAGUGAUAAGGAGGUUGAAAUAGCAUACAGUGACGUAGCCAAAAGACUUACCAAGUAAAACAGCACUUAACGAGAGAGAUGUCUUCACAUCUUCCCCUAAGAAUAUGCUUUCCUAACAGACUGCUCUUCUUCCUAUAAAGUAGAAAUUUUAUUUUGCAUGAACAUGCAGUUACUCAAGAUUAGGAUAAAGGAUAGACAAGGUAUAGUAGCUAUCUUUAAAUAUACACUCCUAAGCAGUAUUAUUUUAAAAUCCUUUUACCCUGCCUACCUCCCCUGCCCCAUGUCCUCCUCUCCUCUAAUUUGGAGACACUCUGGCACAAACUUUUCGCUUUAGACGUAGUUGGCCAUCUCUUUAGAGCCCUCACCGUUGUGUCCAUUCACUGUGUAUAGAUGGCACAACUUUUGACUUCAUCAGUAACCCUGACUUCAUCAGUCAGCCCCAAACUCUAGUGCAGAAUGCGUGGUACAAGGAAUAUUUAUGUAUUUUUGGAAUUUUGUAAUACUUAGAGUAUAUGAAAGGAUUGCUACUGUAUCAAAAUAUUCUGUAUCAAUUUAGUCUGUCCUGGAUAUGUGCUAAAGGCUGUUCCACCAGAGAAGAGAGCCUUCUACAGAAAGUCACUACAGAUUUUACUUUGUAUAUGGAUUUUUACUUUUGCCUAAAAGCAUUUAUCCUUCAUACCAAUUAUAACAUCUCACACUAUGUAGAAGCUAUAAGUUUAGAGGGAGGGGUGAUAUUCUCCAGAUCUUCCUCAAGCAUUUUACCCAUGUAAGAGAAACCAGUGGGCACCUGACACUGUCUGCUUGUGGGGUUUUUCAUAUAUAUUUUGCCCAGUGCCAUUCAUUUGGAACAUUAUUACUUUCUUCCUUUAUUUUAAAAAGCUCCUUUUUAGGUAAGAAUAGACUUUGCUAUUUGUUAAUCUUUCAACCAACACUACAUAAACUGAUAUUUAAUUAAUUUAACUAUAGCAGUGCAAUGAUUAGUAAUGUAAAAAUUAGCACAGAAAUUAACCUAAGGAAUGUAGGGUGGAUUUGUCAAAAUAUCAAGUAGAAUUUUGUUUCUAAAGCAUAUUUAAUGUGGGUAAUCUAAAGAACGCAUUAUCCUUCCUAUACUGAAAAUAAGAUAAAAUACACCGGUUACCAGCUUUGCCAUUCCACACCCAUUUACUGUUAGACUUGGGUACAGGAAGGUUCACUCUGUUUGGACUAAAUUAUAGUUGUUAUGGUGAGUAGGUAUUAACCACAGUUUUGCCUAAUCUCAAUCAUUGCACUUCCUUCAAUUAAAUUUUUCUGCAGCCACACUGAGGAAUAGCACGCUGCAUGUUUGUUUUGUAAAUUGGAGGCUUAAACCAGGAAUUAUUUGUGCUCUAACAAGAGAGGAGGAACUUGGUGAAAAUAAAACAAAAGUUUGCUAUGUAUUUAUUCAUUUUUUAAAAAAUGGACUUUGCAAGUACUACUCCAAAGACGGUGGUUGUGAUUAUAAUACAUUUUUGGUAAUUUUUUAUACCUAACUUGUUUGAGAAGUGCUAUUUCUCAUAGGCUGUUUUUGGAAAUUUUAAGUAUAUUGCUUUAAAACGGCCAUGUUUUCCCCUUUUGAUGCGCUAACAUGUAGUAAGCACUGGCUUUACGGAAGCACCGAUUUUUAUAAGCAUGCUGCAUUUUUAACCUAUCAGUAAUUAGCUUAGUAUAGAAAGAUUUUUAAAAGCUUCAAAUUGUAUCCAUUCGGCUCAGGGAGAUUGCUUUGCUUUACCUUUCUUUGAACUCCUUAUUGGUGAUCUAAAGUUUAAGCACCCACCUUUUCAUAAUUAAAUAUUGGAUGAUGAUUUAUCUAGUUCCAGGAAGAAGCACUAUCAGGUUAUCUGUUGAGAAGUCCUAUAGCAGUAGCUUCAGUGGGUGAAACUGUCACGUCUGCACCAGUACACAGGCAGCCAUCAUCACUUUUCACCUGCUUUUCGAAUAGUGUAAUUCGGCAUUCAGGUGAUUUUGAACCUUGCCUCAUAGCGUAAAGUAUGAGCAAGAUUCAAGAGGACGGGUGUCUGUUCUUUCAAGUGAGCCGCGGACCAAGUGGUGCAGGGUGGAGGGCUGAUGAGGAAAGAGCUGCAUUCCUCAAAAGAGAGUCAUGAAAAACAUUCUGAAGCUCAGUUGUGAGGUGUUUUCCCUUGGGAUAUUUAUUCUCUUUUAUUGUUUUUUUAAUUUACCCUGUUGAUUACACUUUGCUGUCUCUCUGGAUGUCCAAAGAAGGCAAAUCUGUCUGCUAUAAUUUUGAUGAAGGCGGAAUUAUUUUUCUCUGAGUAGAAAGACAGAUCUUAUUACUUUAUCAGAGAAGUUAGUCAAAUGAAAUUGAGAUUGGCAAAUGGACAAAAGCUAGUAGAAAGGAUGAUUCUAGAACACGCUUUUUACCCCAUCUUCUAUUUGUGGAAAGAUCAUAGCUUAAAACCUUGAGAGAUUUGGGACAUAAAAGUUUUCAUGGCAGUUCAUGUAGCGUAUGGGUUGACAUAAUGGAAAUCAUCUGAUAUUAUUUCUACAAACUACUGAAUCAUUUCCGCCUUUGUUUAAACCCCUUCUGUUCCACUUCAACAAGGAGAUUAGAGUCUGAAUGGAAGCUCUCACUAUUUUCCAGGGGGUUCUGAGAAAUUUUUGUGUUCAACAGUUGGAAAGCUCUCUGCUAUUUCAGUUGAUAUAACUUCCUUUUUUUUUUUUUUUUUAAUGCAGAUGGGGAUUUUCUAUACAGUUCUGUUAUCUUUUACUAGGAUUGUUGACUUUUGUGAUAAAAUUCAUGUAAGAUCUUAUUUCUUGGUAACUUUGGCUUACACAACUUAUCUUUAAACUCUUGAGAAAUCUGUAUACAAUUAAGAGAUUUCUAACAUUUAUUCUUACACUAAGUUGAACAGCUCUAGAAUUUAGGCAUUUUUACUUCUGUUGAGUUUUGAAUCUCUCCAGAGUUGCAUGUAGAUAGCCUUUAUUUCUGUGCAUUUAAAAUAUUCUUUAGAAAAUAUAAGGUAAAAAUGAGAAGAAAUAGAAAUGUAUUUUUUCAUGAACAUUUGAUACACAUUUCAUCAAGUUUAUUGAUUAACCCAUUUCUUACACUGGUUAUAAUCAGUAUUUUAUUCAAAGAGAGAAAAGCAUUCAUUACUGAUAUACUGUGUGGGCUUUUUUAUUCCAUCCUUUACAAAUUAUCAAGGUUGGGGCCAUCAAAAUUAUAUUUUUUAUCAUGGAAAAAAAUUUCAACUCCCUAAGUCAUAACGUUGAACAGCAUUGGAGUAUUUUCUUUAGAAUUACUUGAAAAGGCAAAUGAAAGCUUAUUAUAGAAUGCUUGUAUUUUCUUUUCUCUCUCUGGAACCAGUAUAUUGCUGGCAGCUAUUGUAUUAAAAAAAUAAAGUAUAUUUUCACUAUCAUAAAAGGUUCUUUUUUCCCCUUCUCAUGAAAAUAAAUAACAACUUGGGGUAAAAGUG